AUGUUUUUAUUAAUCUUCCUACUGGUUUUGGGAAAUCUCUUCUCUAUCAAGCAUUACCACUCGUGUUUGAUCUCACUUCAAAACAGCCUGGUCAUAUUGUGGUAGUUGUUUCACCAUUAAUAAGCCUUAUGGACGACCAAGUGUCUUAUUUGAGGGAACUAGGGGUCAAAGCAUGCAACAUAACUUCACUUGAGGACGUUGAACGCACUCGUGUUGUAAAUGGUGAAUAUUCCUUAGUUUACGGAUCACCCGAAGCAUGGCUGAAAAACGAACACUGGAGAUUAAUGCUGACGAACUCUGUUUAUUCCAAAAAACUAUGUGCGAUAGCAGUCGAUGAGGCGCAUGUUGUAAGGCAGUGGUAAGUCUUUAUGUAAAUAAGCGUCUAUAUCAAUGUAACAAGUUAUCCUAUGCAAUAGAUUUAUGCCGUGUAUUUUCUUUUUAAUGUGUAGGGGAACAUCUCAAGAUAAUAAAAUGGCUGCAUUCCGCGAGUGUUACUCAAAGCUAUACGAACUAAGGUCUCUCGCACCUAGUGUGCCUAUGGUAGCCUUGACUGCAACUGCAACCAAACUGACUGGAGACACAAUUUUAAGUCUUCUGAACAUGGAAAAUGUAGUGGAAAUUAAAGUCCCAAUAAAUUAAAUGUUGCCUAUGUUGUACAAUAUAUGGAUAAGGACACGGAACUUGAAUUUUAUUUCAGCUGGCUCACUGAUGAACUGAAACAGAGUCAGGAGAAAACAGACAGAACAAUCAUUUACUGCCAGACUAUAAGGCAAUGUGGUUUAGUUUACGCUACAAUCAAGGGUUUGCUAGGAACGAACAUGUUUAUUGGAGAUGACUCAAAAAAUGUGCUUGUUGAAAUGUUGCAUUCGUGCACUCCAGAAUAAAAUAAGAAGACCAUUUUGGAGUCGUUUCAAUCUGAAAAUGGUAUUAUCCGUCUGCUAAUAGCAACAAUAGCCUUCGGAAUGGGCGUUGACUGCCGAGGUGUUCAUAGAGUCAUACAUUUUGGACCCUCCAAAAAUGUAGAGUCCUUAUGUUCAAGAAACUGGUAGGGCAGGAAGGGACGGCCACCAAAGCAUUGCUUAUGUUUUAUAUCAUGGAGUUAUGCUGAACCAUAUUGACGCCCAUAUGAAGUCUUUCGUUAAGACUAAAGAGUGCAGGAGGAAAAACAUUCUAAUUCACUUUGAGUGUGUGUCCAUGUAUCCAGAACAACCUUAUCUUUGCUGCGAUAAUUGUGCUUCUCAAUGCGAAUGUGGUAUGCCACACCCUGAUAACCUUACCAAAUACCCUGUUGCCACAUACAAGGACAUCCAGCCUACAUUGAAGGAAAGAGAAGUGUCGCAACAGCAAAUGAAAGUUGUCAGAGAAAGCUUGAUAAAAUAUCACAAAUCCAUUGUCAUGCAACUUGUUGGUUCUACUGCAAAUGGAAAUGUGAAGACCUUAACUAAUUUACAAUUUAUGUUAGGAUUUUCACAGCACCAAAUAACACAGGUUCUGGAUAAUGUACAUCGAAUUUUCUCAAUAGCUGAUGUUUAUAAGUUUGUAGAAAUAUGGGACAAAAGGCAUGCACAGAAAAUACUUUUAAUUCUUAACAAUGUAUUUGCAGACAUCAAUGAUGACUGUGAUUCAGAAAUUGCUGUAAAUAAUGCUGAUAACUUUGAAUUUGAUGAUGAUUUACCUGAUGAAUGGCAUGAAUUUUUGCCAGACGAUGAACUUUAUGAUAUGAUCUUGGACGACUUGUCAUUGUCACAACUAGAAAGUUCAGUACUGGAAGAAAAUGCCAGUGAUUCAGACAACGAUGAUGUUAUGCCACCAGCAGUAUUGGCAACAGUAGAGAAUAUGGCAUUGGAUCACUAA